AAACUAAAACAAUAACUUACAAACAUUAUUUUUCUUUGCUGAUUGUAAUAAUUUUGGAAAGGAAUGAAUGGAUGGCAUAUGACCCACUGAAAGAAUAAACCAAGGACAUGGUUCCCGCCCACCAGCCUAAAGCAAGGGAGAGAGAAAGGAAAGGGGGAGAAUGGUGCAGAUCGCUUAGCAACGUGGACGCUUGGUGCUCAACCGGAUACGAGCACAGGACUUCAGUCGAAGAGCUGAAGGAUUUUACAACAUCAUCUAGCUUAAACAGUAUCUCAAAACUUGAGCGAUGGAGAGAAUAUGUCUUGACAAGACUGCAUCUAAGGCAGUGGACGACUUUCUGGAGUACAGGAGGAUCGUGGGUGAAGACGAUGGCGGCAGACUAUUCUCCCCAGAGGAAUAUGAAGAGUACAAGAGAACAGUGUUUCCCCAGAGACUACACAACAGGCUGUAUGUGAGCUUUGGAGUGCCAGGGGGAAUAGACUGUAAACUCAUCGGCCCAGAGACACCUUGCUUCUGCACACACAGGUACAAACAGCAUCAGACAGACUUUGAGGAGGUUCCUUCGGAGCGCCCGAUAGCACUACCAUGCCGGGUUCAAGGGUGUCGGUGUUUGGCCUUUCAGUACGUGCACCUGAAUGGGUCGCAGCCUGUACGCUGCAGGUGCAAACACUCUGCCUACGACCACAGUGAGACCUCAGAACACCUCUGUGGGAAAUGCUCAUCCUGCUCUGGGUUCCGGAGCCCCUACAGCUGUGGGUGUGGCCAGCCUAGCUCCGCCCACCAGACGCGGGUGGAGACGAAGGCAGAACGGGAGGCCCGCGGUCGUCCGGUGGGCAGAGACGUUCCAUACGCAGCCAUGGGGGGUCUGACAGGGUUCAGCUCCCUGGCUGACGGGUACCUGAGACUGGACGAUAGCGGGGCAGGUGCCCCUCACCUGUCUGUUCUGUCAUCUCAACAACCAAGAGCUUUCCAGGAGCAUGUGUUUGAGAAAGCCUCAGGACCAGCAGCAGCCUCAGGACCUACAGAGGAGAGUUCAGUGACGUCCGUGACCAGGGCUCUGUCUGACAUCAGCACCAGAGAGGAAGAAGACAUGGCGUACUUGGAGAGACGCUACCAGGAGAGGGUGAGGAGGACAGUUCUCUAA